UGAAGGUGAAUUUUACCACGUACGUGAAGGCGCUCGUCUUCCUGAAAAACCUAGAAGGUAUCUUGAGAUUUCCUGCAAGUUUUAAGCCGUGCAUGGCUGUUGCUUCUUCCUCUUUUAACAAAGAGAAUUCUUACGAAGAGACAAUAGCAGAAGAGAUCGUCGAUUCGACCCAAAAGGAAGGAAUGAAGUGUUCUUGGACUGGGUCUCGUCGGACAAAACACGACAGUAUUUCUUCGGUGGAUAGUAAUUCUUCCUCUGAUUCGCCUUUCUCAGAUUCUCAGAACUAUAAAUCUUCAAAGAUGAACUCAACUAAAAAGCCUUGUGGAAGAAAGAGGGGAAGACGACCUUCUAAAAUCGAUCUUGAGGCAAAGCUCGAGCGAAGUCGACAAUCUGCUCGAGAGUGCCGCGCUCGUAAGAAGCUGCGGUAUAAGUACUUAGAGGAAAUGAUUGCCGACAAGGAAAGCUAUGUUUACCAGCUUCGAGAAGAGCUAGAAAUGUACCGCCGCUGGUGCAAGGCCGUUGAUAAAGGAGCUUACCCAACAGAACUGUUGGAAUUUCUCAAAGAUCAUACAAAGAGUGGCAACUGAAGCUCUGUGAUUAGCAAUAGGGUGCUUAACCUAACUGAUCAGUUAGCAGAUGCUGGCCAUUCCCUCUGAUCUGGUCUCAAAAUACUCCAUUCAAUGUUAGAUGAUGAUCAACCAAGUUCUGAACAAGGACUCGAUAACCUAAUUUUUUUUUUCUGAGGCUUUUCAUGGGUAUUUCAGAUAAAUCAAAGUUGGUGACAUUACAAAAAAGUUUUUCCAGAUUCCAGUUGACAUCUUUGUUAACAUCAGUGUUUUCUAAUCUCCUUAGCAUAAAUUUAUCAAAAAUUAGGUAAAGUGUCUCGCAAACAGCUGAAAACUAUUUUAUCUUGUAACCAUAUAUGCUCUCCAAAGUGACAUCUAUUUCCUUACGUUGCUUUUCUAAGGUGAAAUGUUAACAAUGUUAACAAGGAAAUAAGUUCUUUAGGCUAUUUUUAUGCAAAUCAGGGGCUAGUAUAGGUCAAUUUUGAUAUAUUAAAGGGUCGAUACGCACUGAGGACAAAACUGUUUUGUUUUAGCUACAAAAUAUGUCAACAUAUAACUUUUAUCAGUGCGGAUGGGUUUAUUUUUCCUGCAAGGACAAAAUAUUUUGACUCGGACAAAUUUAUCAAAGGAGCCACUGUCCUGCCACACUCACACUCAUCCUCAUCGGGUCCAUGAGGACUCUUGAGGCCAGACUGUCCUGCCUUGGAGGCUUACAAACUUUUUGUCCGUGGCUCUGAGGCUUAGGGGAAUAAAACAACGGAAAUCACAUCAAGGUUUAGAGAUAAAUGAUUACUAAUUUCUUUUGUUUUAUUCCCCUAAGCCUUGGAGCCAAGUUAGAAUUUUUAAUGAAGUUAUAUAUUGAAAUUGGCCUAUCUCAGGGCCGGGGUCUACAACAUGGGCACCAAAAAAAAUUCAUUACGAGUCAGAAGAGCAAUACUGGUAACAAAAAGAAUAUUAUUUUGAAUAUCAACAAGUUUAUAAAAUCAAAGGUUCUUGUUUUAGAUUUCUGGAAAAUAUGUUGGAAAAACUACAUGUACUGUAAGACUUAAAAGGUGACAGAAGUAUAAAAAAAGUAAUACGUCUACUAAAAACAUCAAUUUUAGAAUACAUAAACCUCUUAUUAGAUCAAAGGAUUUAUUCUGCUGUAAGAAAAAGGAAAGGGUGCACCCCAUUCCCUGUAUCAGUGAGGAUCAAAAUAGUAGGGUGGUGAGGACAUUCCUCAACACAAAAUCUCAGUCUAAACCACCACUGAUUAAAAAUCAUAAUUUGGUGAUGUCCUCACAAUAUGUUGUUCACCAUUCUUUUAGACAUGCUCUGACUUAACAUCUAUAGUACUCUGAAUAAUGUCUCACAAGUUUGCAGGCUAUAACAUUCCCUACAUGGAUAAUUGUGGGGCUUAAUACAUGUGAAAGCAUUGUUGAAAGUAGUUGUUGUUCAACAUGCAGGUUUUUCUCCUCAUUCAUAAGCUACUAUUAAAAAACUUGAGGAGUUCAAAUAAUUUUUUUGAGAAUGUAGAUUAAAAGAAAUUUUAAAUUUAUAUCUUAUUGAGGCUUAGUUUAGAAGGCAUCAACAGUCUUAUACAAAACCCUGCUGUAUUGAAAAUGGAAAUUGUUUUGAUGGGUUUUGUUUGUGAACUAUUUUGCGACUUUGUAAUUAUGUUUUUUUACUAGGCAAAUCAAAUUUACUGUAGUCUAGGUAAUACUGGAGCAGUAGACUUAGAAAGUUUGCAGUCUUUGUUUAGUACAGUAGGCAGAUUAACUGAACAUAAUUUCUCAAGGUUUUUUGUUUAUCAGUUAAAGGGUGUUUUGUGCCAACGUUGUCCAUCGAGACUACACGUAUGUGAAUUUGGUGCAAUGUCAGUAGACUUAGUGAAGUUAUAGCUCAUAUGCGGUGCUUUAAUAUUGUAAUAUUAGCUCAAGUUCAUCUUGUUUACAAUAUGUUGGCUGAGAAUGUUUUUUGGGUGUUUUGUGAUACAUAUAACCAAGUUUGUAAUGUCCAAAGUUAAAUUGAAGGUUAACAUGCUUUAGUAAUGACCGAGUACAGAUUUGAGACUGACUAAUCAAAGUCUUUGUGAAUUACAGGUAUACAGUAUCAGACAAAAUGGUUUCCUUUGUUAGCGAAGUUUUAACAUCUCAAUAAAGUUACAAAUUAUUUA